UCUCUCAAUCUCUCUCUCUCUCUCUGUUCUUGCCUCUCUUCCUGCAGCUGUGGAACCUAGCCAACUCCUCACCCUUUUGCAUCAGUCGAAGCCCACUUCCCAUGGCCGAGCUGAUAAAUUUCACUCAUUCUCCUGAGCUGGAAAGUGUCAGAAUAAAAAGACGCAAGUUGGAUGGUGAAUCUACUUCAGAACUGUGUACACAUCCUGGUUCUUUUGGAGACAUGUGUAUACGUUGUGGCCAAAAGUUGGAUGGUGAAUCUGGUGUCACAUUUGCCUACAUACACAAGGAACUGAGACUCCAUCAUGAGGAGAUCUCUAGAUUGCGCAAUACAGAUGCGAAUCAAAAGUUGUACCUCAUGCUCGAUCUAGAUCACACCCUAUUAAAUUCCACUCAUCUUGCUCAUUUGAACUCUCAAGAGUUGCAUUUAAUUUCCCAGCCAGAUUCUCUUGGAGGUAGCCUUUUCAAAUUGGACAAAAUUCAUAUGAUGACCAAGUUGAGGCCUUUUGUCCGCACAUUUCUAAGAGAAGCAAGUCAAAUGUUUGACAUGUACAUAUACACCAUGGGUGAUCGACCCUAUGCAUUAGAGAUGGCUAAGCUGCUUGAUCCUCAAGGAAAAUACUUCAAUGCAAAGGUGAUUUCUCGAGAUGAUGGCACUCAAAGGCAUCAGAAGGGUCUUGAUAUUGUGUUGGGGCAAGAAAGUGCUGUUGUAAUUCUUGAUGAUACAGAACAAGCAUGGGUGAAGCAUAAAGAUAAUUUGAUUCUGAUGGAAAGAUACCACUUUUUUGGUUCAAGUUGCCGGCAAUUUGGUCUCAAUUGCAAAUCUUUUGCUGAAUUGAAGAGUGACGAAGACGAAGCUGAAGGAGCACUCAAUAAAAUCCUUAAAGUUCUUAAGCAAGUCCAUUAUAAAUUCUUUGAUGAACUUAAAGAAGAUAUAGCUGAACGAGAUGUAAGCAGAUUUUGAAAUCAGUUCGAAGGGAAGU